AUGGAAGGUGAGGAGAUAGUAGCACCUUCUGAUGAUUAUGAGAUAGAGAGCACACAAACUGUAGUCGGAGAGCCAGUUGAAGAGGAGGAGGAGGAGGAAGAGUUAAACAUAGUGGAAGAUGCCCAAGGAACGGAGUUAGAGGACGAACAAGACCAUUUAGUGGUGGAGGGAGGAGCUGCUGGAGAGGUAGAGGCAGAAGGUACAGAAGUGGGGGAGGCAGAAGGGGGUAAAAGACGUGGAGAGAGUGUAAUCAAGGAGGAAUCAGUGGACUUGGGAAAUGAGGGGGGUAACCAACAAGCAGAAGAAGAGGAGCAGAUUGCUUCAGAGACCUCACAAGGCAGUGAAAAAGAGGAUCAAGAAAUGUUGGUGAUCUCUGCCCCAGAGCCAGAGGAAGGUGUUGAAGCCUCCAUAGAGCAGAGCUCUGAGAACCAGGCUCCCAACCCCAGCCUGUCCCUAGGAGAGGUGGAGGCUGGAGAAAAUACCUUUGGUGAUGAGAAAUCCAACAAUGGCAUUGAGAUCAUCACCCCUCCAGAUGACCCUGCUGUGGCCCAACCUACACUGGAUGAUUUUGUGAAGGAUGUUGUAGCUGAACCCCCUCAGACAGAAGGGGAGGAACCAGGGGAGGCCAAUGAGCUGGUGGAAGACACAGCCGGAACCACAGAGACAAGUGAGCUGGGCCUGGAGGCAUGGAAGAUUGGGGCUAUUUCUGCUGCAGCCUUCUUGGUUUUGGAAACCAUUAUCAUGAUUAUCUAUAUCCUCAAAUGUCGUAACAAAAACAGUACCCAGGCCCUGCAGCGGGCAUGUGAGGAAGGAUGUGUUGAACCGGAGGCAGCUACAGGAGGUGACUGCAGUGACGACACACUUCCUGCAGGCAAUGGGGACGCUCAACAGAUAGCACCACUUGACCCAUCUGAUGUGGCUUCAACCCUGGCUCUAAACAAAGAGCAGCACGAAGAGAAGCAUGCAAUAGCCAUGUCCGACCUCCCGCCCAGCUCCGCAGAGGAGUCGGCCAACUCCGGACCAUCACCAGACUCCUCACAAGACCUCAGGACUUCCAUUCUCUAGGAGAUCCAACUCUUUUGUCUGUUCCUACUGUAUCUAAAUAGAACCCAGAAAAAGCCACUCUCCAUCCCUGUACCCAAUCUCAAUUCACCCAGAUAUCCAAUGAAUUACCCUAAAUUCUCGAAUCCUAACCAACCCAACACAGACUUCCUUGGAUUCUGACUGUAAUAACUACUGUAAAUGUAACACAUUUGUAUUGUAUUGUCUGUCCGUGUGAGUGUAAAUUGAAAGAAAGAGAUACUGUCACACGUUUGACAUGUGUGAACGUGAGGAAGUAGAAAUGUGCAUUGACAGGUAAACACACCUGAAUGAGUGAGGAGGAAGAGCAUGUUUAAAAUACUCUGCGCAUGUAUGAGAGUGUGUGUAAAUGUGAUUAAAAAAAAGAAUUUAGUUUGAUGUCUGUAAGCUCUUUAGGCUAGAAAGUUAAGAAAUGUUUUUCAUACUGACCACCUCAGUCACGCUGUACAAAGCUGUUUAAUUAUAUAAAAGGGGCAGUGGGUCCAACCAAUUUCCCUUUUUAUCAGCAAUUUAUAAAGGGCUUUGGCAGUACAUAAAGUACCAUAUCUGCACAGUUUCAAUAAAAUAUAUGAAAAAUAAUUCAUUUCUGAUAUAAAGUUUAAAAUAGUUUUUUAUUUUACAUAGCUCCUGACCUUUUUGUCAUCAUUUAUGAUUUGAGCAGUA